AUGACCCGCAGCCGGACGUGGGCAUUUUUCUGGCUGGUGUCACUGCUCCUGGCGUCUCUGAUCUGGUUCAUUUCGGUCCAUCUCAGCGACCGGGAGGAUGCCAAGCUGCAGUAUGGCCUCCUCAUCUUCGGUGCUGCCGUCUCCGUCCUGCUGCAGGAGGCUUUCAGAUUUGCCUACUUCAAGCUGCUGAAGAAAGCGGAUGAAGGCCUGGCAACAAUCAGCGAGGAUGGCCGGUCCCCCAUCUCCCUCAGGCAGAUGGCUUACGUCUCAGGCCUGUCCUUUGGCAUCAUCAGUGGCGUGUUUUCCGUCAUUAACAUCUUGGCAGACUCCAUUGGGCCAGGCAUCGUUGGGAUCCAUGGGGACUCACCAUACUACUUCAUCACAUCUGCAUUCCUCACCAUGGCCCUCGUCUUGCUCCACACCUUCUGGGGAGUGAUCUUCUUCGACGCCUGUGAAAAACGCCGCUACUGGUGCCUGGGGCUGGUGGUUGCCAGUCACCUCCUCACCUCGGGGCUGACGUUCCUGAACCCCUGGUAUGAAGCCAGCCUGGUCCCUAUCUUCAUCAUCACCCUCUGCACGGGCCUCUGGGCCUUCUUCACUGCUGGGGGGUCCUUCCGCAACAUCCUCAAGUGCCUCUCCUGUAAGCAGGAGGACGACAGCAGAGUGAUGAUGUACUCCGCACUGCAGGUGCCUUUCGAGGACUGAGCGGUGGGCGCAGCCCUGCCUGCUCCUGCUGCCUGCACUGCCUGUGCUGCUGCCGUACCCAAGUGCCCUCUUUUCGGCAGCUGGAAGAUCACGAUGCUGCCUUUGCCUCUGCGGUUUGCUCCUCUGGUGCUGCCGCCUGGCCUGCCCCUGGCCCCUCUCCGUGACACAAGAGGUGGCUCUGUGUCCUGUCCCGCUCCAGAGGGGAUUUUCGGGGUCUGACUGGUGCUCGUGAGCAACCCUGUUAGCUUUGUUAGUGAAUUCUGUUAGACUUUUUUCCUUACAGGGUAUGGCUGCAGGGGGAGUGCAGGGGAGGCAGGAGCCAGGGGCCAGGUGCCCUGUGGUACAGCUGG